AUGCUCCGGUCGCCCCUCAGCAGCCCCAGCAGGCCCCAAUCGCCCCUCAGCACACAGCAGGCCCACCAAGCUUGUCAGCUCGCGCUCCAAGCUCGCCAGCACCAGCACACCUCGCCCCAGCAGCAAAAUUUUCUGCAGCCUCCCGGCUCAACGGCUCCUAAGCUGGCUCUGCCACUGCUUCUGCAAGUUCAGCCGGACCCUCUUGCACCUGCAGCUCCCGCCAUCGCUGCCAGGCCUGUGGGACCCAACAUACCAGUUAUCCUUGCUGUGCUUGAAGCUAGAAUCACAGCACUGCAGGCAGAGCUAGAUGCUUCCACAAACUAUGCACCUGCUCCGCCAGCCAUCAUGAUCGCCACAGAAGACGACAUAGAGCGGGUGUGCGCUGCCGCGAUCACCAAUGCUGGCGGUAGGGCACAGGUAGCUGACCCCAUGCCGGGGUACCUCGCUCCCUUCACCACCUUUCCCAUACCUCCUCACUGCCCCUCUCUUCUUGUCGCCCUCCUUGGCCCACACCUUUUUGCCAUCAUCAUCCGAAGCAUUUGCACUUCUUUCAUACAGGCGAGAGGCUUGGGUGCAGCACUAGAUCUCUGUGACCUUUGCUAUCUCGUACUCCAUCUUGCCCUUGCUGUCCCUCCAAAGGUUGCUUCCGCCACCAAGUUGCACAGUUUCAUCCUGUACCACUUGUGCACACUCUAG